AUGUCGCAGCAAUUGCAUGAAGUAACCGAAGCCGACAUUCAAGUAUCCUUUACAAGCAGCUACGAUGACACCGAGCAAGACUUGGUGCUUCCUUCGAUCGAAGAUGUUUCUGAGCCAUGUAUCAAGAGCGAGCCUGGCGAAGACAUUGAUGCAGUCGGUUCCUCGACAGUCGGUACCUCCGCUUCCGACAAAUCUAAGCAGCGUUCUCCUUCGUACGAUUCUGAAAGCACACUACCACUGUCAACUCCUUGUCCGUCGGACGAAGACAGAGCUGUUCCUGCUAUACUGUGCAGUCCUGAAAGAACGAGCCAUCACUUCAGCGUUGGCAAUACAGCACCCACACUACAAGUAAGAAGGACCCUGGACUUCGGUAUGCCAGCCCUUCGCCUCACCAAUGACUAUGUACAACAAGCCUCUGAGCCUAGCGACUUCACUUCGCUGGCAGCACUGCGAAGGUUGGAACGAGACCCUCCGCAUCACUGGCAUGAAGACGAACGAGAGCUACUGACCAUACUUUAUCGAUGGUACGAAGACACAAAUGUGGCAACCAUCCCGAAGGUCUUCAACGCCAUCACCGGCCUCAACCUCAGGCUUAAUGUCAUUCGCUAUCAAUUCGAAAGCCACCUCAUUCUGUAUGGCGGUCGUGCGUACCCCGAGUUCGAUCGAGUCAUGAGAGUCCCAUUCUACGACCCGGAACACAAGUACGACGAGAUUCAUGCGAUCAUCGAAGACACUGCCUUGGAAUCUGGCAUUGACUUGUCACGACGUAUAAACGAGGUGAGCUACACAUCUGGAUUGGCGAGAACUGCCAAGUCUCCCAAAACGAGGAAACAUUACAAAUCCUUAGUUAGACGUGCGCUAAAGAGGGAGAAGGAGAGAGCACGCGCCAUUCGCACGCCGGCUCCGGAAGAUCUACCACUUCAGGCUUUACAGCUCGGCGGGAUGGCACUGAUUGAGCAAGAUAAUGAGGAAACAUGGUCAGACAUCGAAGGCUAUCAUAAACCACCCAUCACAGCUACGCAGCCAACACUCCGGACUCCACCUGGCAAGAACACGAUUGGAUUUCGCGUUUGGGAUGCAAACAGCCGAACGAUAUUCGAAGACGAGACGGGCUUCGUAAGCCAAGCCUUCUCGAUAUGGAGGGGCGAGUUUCCGCCGCCUUUCUCCCCGGACGGACAAGGUCAACAGGCUCUGAUGCUCUUGACGAACCUUCAUCUGUCCAUGAGUGGCGGCGCCUCGGCUUUUGUCUCAGUGUCGACGAGUCUCUUGCAGGCACUGGUCAAGGCCUCAACCAUGUUUGAGCCCAGAAUCGCCGUCAAGCGCAUGGUAUGGGCUUCUGUCCCAGCUGCAGCUGUGCUGUCACAUUUCCCGCUUUCCGACCUCAAGGUUUUAUCGCGCCACAACCAAGCUUGCGAUGAUAUCCUCAACCUGCGGGAUAUACAAUCCGGCCGAAAGACACAAUACGUCUCCUCGCUAUUGCGCGACAGGAACACAAUCAUCAACAUCCGCACGGCACGGGCUAUGGCUGUAGUAUGUCGGGCCUUCAAGAUGCACCGUGUCGGCGUUAGCAUUGCGCACAUCCAAGGACUGGUAUCAUCGUUGGUGGAUUCUUUUCAAUUGAAGCACGUCACAAGCGAUACACCCCGCAUGUCCAUGAUGAUGGCCAAAGCGUUCGCCGUGUCUCUCGUGUCGCAAGCUCAUCUGGACCCUGAUGUUGAGACCGCUUUCCAGGAAGGCGUUCAGCAAGGCACUGUUAGCUACCAUCGAGUUCUACACCCGACGUCGACCCGUGGUACCUCGACGACGGAGUAG